GACUGUCUGUUGAAGUUGGAAGUAAGGUAGGCCUAAUGAAUGAGAUUGGACUCGGCUCGGGUUCGGGAAUUAAGAAGUGCGAGGGUGUAUUCAAGUGAGCCUUUCAUUUUAAUGGUUUUUGCUAAUAAAUUUGUUGGGACGUUUUUAUUUUGUAAGUGCAUUUAUUUUUUAGUGCGUUAGUUAGUCUUGCUAGUAUUACGAAAUAUUCAUAUAACAUUUUCUGUGUGAAUCUUUUACGUAUGGUUCACUCAAGGAAGUUGCAAUUUGUUUACAAAUUACAAUGGAUGUACAUGCAAUCAAUAACGAUCAGCAAGAACAAACAUCUACCGAUUAUAAACCAUUAACUGUAGAAAAUCUCGAUGUUGAUUUUUUGCCACUCAUUUAUGACAUCAUAAGGAGUGUUGAACGAGAUCCGCAUGACAACGCUCAGAAGAGCUCUCAAUCUCAAGAUAUAAGCCAAAAAGUUAUAGAACUUCACAAUAAGCUUGAACAAGCUAAAAAGCAAGUUCGAAGACUGCCUGGAGUGGAAUACAGCAAGGAGGAACAGUUGGAGAAACUCGAGACUUUACGAAAACAGCUGCGACUGAAGCGAGAACUUCUGCAGAAAUAUCGUAAUAUGUACUUGUUCGACUCACCUAAACCUUGA